AUGACGACCUCCAGGAUUCUCUCCCAGAUACCAGCGAUUCGGACACAAACCAAGGCGGCUCGUUUGCUAGCUUUUCACCUCACGCCACGCACCGGCCGGAGCUUUGCGACUCAAUCUUACAACGAGUCCAUCGAUUUGGCUGGGUUAAAUGAGCAGCAACUCGAACUUCAGGAUGCUGUUCGUAGCUUCACACGCCGGGAAAUAACACCAAUUGCACAGAAGGUCGACCAAGAAAAUGAGUUCCCAAGUCACCUCUGGACCAAAUUUGGCGAAAUGGGGAUACUAGGAAUUACUGUGCCCGAGAAGUAUGGAGGCUUGGACCGAUCUUACCUUGAACAUACUCUAGUGAUGGAAGAGAUAUCGCGUGGCUCAGGAUCGAUAGGCUUGUCCUAUGGAGCUCACUCGAAUCUUUGCAUCAAUCAAAUCAACCGUCAUGGUACCCAGGCUCAAAAGAACAAAUACCUUCCUGAUCUGAUCAGUGGUAAGAAGGUUGGGUCCUUAGCCAUGAGUGAGGCUGGCUCAGGCUCGGACGUUGUUUCUAUGAGAUUGACGGCAGUCAAGAAAGAGGGAAGAUAUGUGCUCAACGGAACCAAGUUUUGGAUCACCAAUGGCCCUGAUGCAUCUACCCUUGUAGUUUAUGCUAAAACUUCGCCUGAAAAGGCUCAUCGUGGGAUAACUGCAUUCUUGAUUGAGUCCAGUUUUCCUGGUUUCUCUACUCACCAGAAGCUGGAUAAACUAGGGAUGAGAGGAUCUAAUACAUGCGAGCUAGUCUUCGAGAACUGUGAGGUCCCUGAAGAAAAUGUUCUUGGAGAAGUUGACAAAGGUGUUCAGGUUUUGAUGAGUGGACUCGACUUGGAACGACUCGUGCUUAGCGGUGGGCCGUUGGGUUUGAUGCAGGCAGCAUUUGAUAUCGCUGUUCCUUACGUUCAUGAAAGAAAGCAGUUUGGAAAGCCUGUUGGGACCUUUCAAUUACUACAAGGAAAAAUUGCUGACAUGUACACCAAAUUAAAUGCUUCAAGAUCGUAUGUUUACGCAGUUGGUAGAGCCUGUGAUCUCGGCAAAGUCAGCCGACGAGAUUGUGCAGGAGCUAUCUUGUAUUCCUCAGAUCGCGCUUUGGAAGUUGCCACGGAUGCAAUGCAGAUGCUAGGUGGAAAUGGCUACAUCAACGAUUACCCCACUGGUCGAAUUUUUCGGGACGCGCAACUGUACCGAGUCGGUGCGGGAACACAGGAAAUUCGUCGAAUGCUGAUUGGCCGCUCAUUCAAUGAAGAAUACAAUGAAGACACCUAG